AUGGUGGAAAAUGACAGACUGGAAUUUUUUGUCUUCUUGUGUCCUGCAGCCACUAGUGAAAAUGAAGAAGCUAGUGGAGGAUGUGCCAUCAUUUUGACGAUUUUGUCCUAUUUCUUUGUUAUUGUAACUAUACCAUUCUCAUUAUGUAUUUGUAUAAAGGUUGUUCAAGAAUAUGAAAGAGCUGUUAUAUUUAGACUAGGACGACUAGUCUCAGGAGGGGCCAAGGGACCAGGUAUAUUUUUUGUAUUGCCAUGUAUUGAACAAUAUACAAAAUGUGAUUUAAGAACUAUAUCUUUUGAUAUUCCACCACAAGAGUCUUUAAUUUGGGCCUUUUACAUUAUGUGGGCCUAUUCCACAAUUAUUGUGGCUAUCUUUGACACACUUCAUUUAGCUAUCUUUUAUAAGUAUUGGUGCCUUAAAGCCUUUUUAAAAUAUGCAUUGAAGAUUGAAGUUAAGGUACUAACAAGAGACAGUGUAACAGUUUCAGUAGAUGCUGUGGUCUACUACAAAAUAUCCAACCCUACAGUAUCUGUAGCCAAUGUUGAAAAUGCUGCUCACUCUACUCAGCUUCUUGCUCAAACAACUCUCAGAAAUGUCUUGGGUACCAAAAAUUUAACUGAAAUUUUGUCGGAAAGAGAUGCUAUCAGUCAAGAUAUGCAGAAUACAUUAGAUGAAGCUACUGAUAGAUGGGGAAUUAAAGUUGAACGGGUUGAAAUUAAAGAUGUACGUUUACCUGUACAGUUACAGAGAGCUAUGGCUGCUGAAGCAGAGGCUGCCAGAGAAGCAAGAGCUAAGGUUAUUGCUGCUGAGGGAGAACAAAAAGCAUCUAAAGCUUUAAAAGAAGCUGCAGACAUCAUGGCAGACUCACCAGCUGCUUUACAGCUCCGAUAUUUACAAACACUGAAUUCAAUUUCUGCUGAGAAAAAUUCCACCAUAAUUUUCCCGUUACCCAUGGAUUUACUCAGUCACUUUGUUAAGUAGGCCUGAAAUUUUAGGAAAAAUAAAAACUUGGUUAUAAGCAAUCUGCAAACUUUACCUGAAGAAUGCAUUGAACAAAUUAAAGAACUCUUGUAUAUUUAUUGAAAAUUCAUUUUACAAUAAACCAUUAUAAGUAAAAGAAAGAAAACUUACUCUCUGACUACAAUGUUCAUUGAAUUAAACUUUGCCAAUCAUUUGCGCAUGAGUCUUGGAUUGUUUUUGUGUGGUGAAAACACUGGAACAUGAUUUUAAACAAGUUUGUAAAGUAUGUCAUUUUCACCUAUUUGUUAUGUAAGGAAACUGUUUUUAUUUGAAAUGUAAAACUUUAUAUUUCUAUCGACCCAAAGACAUUCUAAUACAAAUGGUAUACAGUUGAAAAGUUUAUUUUGAAUUUAUGAAAUGAGAACAAAACUUCAAUUCAAAGCUCAAAUAAGUAAGAGAGUAAAUAGCGAAUUCAUUAAAUUUUUUAACAUGAAUAUUAGAUGUUUAUUUUUAAUUUCUAGCAUUAAAUACUGGUAUAUUUUAAGACAGAAAUGCACUCUUUUGGUCUUUAAAUGGCAUAGUGUGUAAAAUACAAUCAAGUAAUUUUAUCUCAUCAUUUUGUUAAUCCAACUCAUUUUCGAUUUUAUUUUUGAUAUUUAAGCAUCAUUAUGUAAUGAAAUGUUACCCUUCUUCUCACAUACAAAUAACUAUCUGAAGUACAGAUUCUCAGCUUUGAAAAAUAUAACCCCAAAAUUUGAGGGGAAUAAUGUUGUAAUUGAAUAAGCUUAGUUACAAAAAUCUCUUUACUUGUGACAUUAAAAAUUCUUAUACAAGAUUUAUCAUUGAUAGAUUUAAAAUAUUGAAAUAGACCACAGAAAUUAACCAUUUUAAAGCAAAUUGAGACUGCAUUCCAGCUGUUUUAUGUCCUUCAUUUAGAUGCAGUUUCAGGUUUGCGCUACGUCUGCAACAUGAUGUCAGAGAACACUGCCACAGGCCCAUCAGUAAUAAAACUUGCUGAAUACAUCAAUUUUUUCGCGAUAUAGAAAUGGAAUGUUAAUUUAAUAAUAAAAAAAUAAAAAAAAGGCCUUUUUAUACAACCACAUGAAUAUGUGGUCGUAUAUUGUCGUUGCCCCUGUGCGUCGGUCCGUCCGUCCGUCAACAUUUCUUGUGAGCACUAUAGAGACUACAGUUUUCAUCUGAUUUUGAUAAAACUUUGUGUGAUGCUUUAGAUUGAUAAGGUCUCGGUCAAGUUCGAAUUUGACAUAUUUUCGAUGAACGUUUUUUGAGUUAUUGCCCUUGACUUUGUUAAAACGUGUCGAAAUAGUCCGCGAGCAGGAUUGAAGCUACAGUUUUCAACCGAUUCUGAUGAAACUUGGUGUGAUCAUUGGAAUUGAUAAGAUCUCGGACCAGUUCUAACUUGAUGCAUUUUCGAUGAUUGUUUUUUGAGUUAGGCCUUCUGCCUUUGACUUUGUAAAAACGCUUCACAAUGUAUUCGUGAGGACUAUAGAAGCGACAGUUUUCAACAAAUUUUGAUCAAACUUGGUAUGAUCAUUGGAAUUGAUAAGAUCUCAGACGAGACAGUUCUAACUUGAGAUAUUUUUUGAUAAACGUUUUUUUGAGUUAUUGCCCUUGACUUUGUAAAAACACAUCAAAAGUUGUUUUUUGCCCUUGAUUAGAGCUGUGUGAUUUAAUUGUAUUGUAUUUGGGUUAUUGAUAUUGAUUUUUGUGGAAUUAUUCAGCAUAAAUAACUGGUGUAUAUAUAUAUAUAUAAUUGAAUUCAAACUAAUAAAAUUACUUUAAUAUGAGAAAAUUCGUACUUUAGACUGUUUUAUUAUUUCUGACAGCUGCCAAUGGGCGUAUGUCACCUUACCUCGCAAGCUAUCAUUACAUAAUAUAUGCCCUGUGAAAAAAGAUAAUAAUUUACACAGACUUUAAAAAAAAAACGAAGUUUUUUUUAUGAUACAAACAAUAUUCAUUUGUAUUUUCUCAAGUGAUAAUUUUGUUUUUUUUUAUAACUCACUUUAUUCGUGACUAUUGAGUUGAUAAAACACUCAUGUGUACGAUAUUGUGAGGAGUAUUUUUAACUCACCUGAAAUAUAAUGUGCACUUGAUAAAUUAACUUUCAUAUUUGAUAUUGCAUCAAAUCCUGUCAAAAUCAUUUGUAAAUACUUAACAUAUUAUCAUAUAUUGACUUAUUAAAGAAAAGAAAAUGUUU